AUGAAGAGACUGAUAUUGGCGAUUUCCUCAUGCCUUGUGAGCUACGUUCAAUGCGUGUUGCCUUCGAAUGAUGGCUACGUCAUGCCACCACCCAUGGACGAACCUUAUCCUUCUCCGAAAGGCGGCUCAUUUCAACCACCCAUGGGCACCUUCCCCAAAAAUCCUUCAAGUGACUCAACGUUUCCGUUGAGUGACAGCUCUAGACGGAACCAAAUCCCUAGACCGACACCUCGUACUAAUGUCGUAGGACCACCAUCUAUACGUCCACCUGUGCGUCCGCCAAUUCGUCAAGGAACACAGACUGCUCGUGUUCGCCCUGCACCUCUUCCGGCACCUCGUCCACCACCUCGUCCAGCACCUCUUCCAGCACCUCGUCCAGCACCUCGUCCAGCACCUCUUCCAGCACCUCGUCCAGCACCUCGCCCAUCGCCUCAACCUCAACAAACGGGUUUACGGGUCUCCAUUUCGAAUUCCAUUUUGAGUUCGCAGAGCGUACGGUUAGGUGGACCAUCAUCGAUAUCAGCAUCAGUAAAUCCUUCUUCAGUUUCACGUGUUGCGCCACCACGUAUUCAACUCCCCAUUGUUGUCCCUACCGUAAGACCACAACAACCUCGACCUACGGGAGGAUCACAAUCAUCGGGUUUGCGUGUCUCCAUUUCAAGCCCGCAGAACGUACGGUCAGGUGGACCAUCAUCGGUGAGUCUGCCCUCAGUUCCACGUACGCCACCACGUGUUCAACCUCCUAUUGUUGUUCCCACCGUAAGACCACAACAACCUCGACCAACCGGAGGAGCACAAACGUCGGGCUCACGAAUCUCAAUCUCGAGCUCACAAAAGCUCGUGUCGACCGGGUCCUCAUCAGUGAAUCUUCCCACGGUUCCACGCGUUGCACCGCCGAGUGUUCAACUUCCCAUUGUGGUCCCUCCACAACCGCUACCCAUCGGAGGACCACGACCAAUUCCAACGCCAAUCGCAGCCACGCCGCCGCCUUGUACUUACAGUAAUGACGGUCGUGGGAACUUCAUUUACCGUUGUUCGACCUCUGCACUAAGUCCUGCGAACCCGGUGAGCUCAACGAACGUGGCGAACAACUUCAAUGCGGGAAAUUUUAAUUCGAUAGCAAGUUCUUUACAAGAUGUGCUACAGGUUGAUGAUCCCACUACUCGAUUUCAAGGUUUAACCAGCGGACGAUCGAAUCCCACACCAGUGGUUUGUCUUCCACAAGGUCCAGGUGUUCCUCCACCUUUGAAUGAUUCCCCUCCCCCUGCUCCAGCGACACUACCAGUAGCACCGCCGGCUCCUCCGUUUCAAACUCCAUCAAACACCUACGCAGUGAAUCCACCUGCCAAACCAUCUUCAGGAUUUGUUUCAGGGAACGAUGCAUCAUCUCCGUAUAUCCCCCCUCAGGGUUGGAGCGGUGGCGCUAAUAGCGGACAGGCUGCUCUUCCAGUGGGUCCACCACCUCCUCCGGGAAAUGACAUAGGAAAUGAACCAGGAGGCGGACCAGUGCUUAAUCCCUAUCGUCGCAGGCGAAUUGUUUAUUGA